AUGGACAGCCUGGCAUCGGAAGCCGCUGGCCGGGAGCCCAGCGCUGAAUCUCAAUCUGCGGAGAAGCCACAAGAAGAGACCAAAUUCCAGAAGGCUAUUUUGGCUUGGAGAAGUAUCGAUCUUGCAAAUCUUGUCUCCAAGCUCGAUUCAACCGCGUCAGACGUUGUCGCGCAUCAACGAGAUUCUCUUGUGCAGCGGAAGGACCUGGCUCAGAAGACGAAGGAUUUUAGGAAACUUGACGAUGCCUCCAAGCUCACCGAGUACAAGGGGCUGUUGAAAUGUAACGACCAUUCAGCCCUGCCCUCCAUUUGGCACCAGUUGUCCCUGACUCGUAUUUUAGCUUACCAGGCAUUCAUCGAUCUAUUGACCACCCACGGGAAAGCGUCGUCUUCCGCAUUUCUACAACUCUACUCGGCUUUGUCGGAAGCCCCAGAUCCGUAUCCUUUACUUGAGGCUUCAAUUGACUCCCUCGUAUUAUCAGAGGACACUGUUCCGAAACUAACGUCAGAAAAGGAGGCGCUCCAGAAAAAUGCCACCCGGAUUACUUCCUUGUUGGAUGAAUCGGAGAAGAAAUUAGAAGAAGAAAGGGCGCUUCGUCGAAAACUGGAAGAAGAACGGGACAAGAAGAUCCAGGAGGUCGAAACAUCAUGGACCGCCGUACUUGCGGAAAAGACGAGCAAUUGGGAGGCCAAGGAGAAGAACUACGAGGAAAAGGCAGAAAGCCAGGAGCGCUUGCUGAAGGAGAUCAAAGCUAGUUUUGAGGUUUCCCAACGGCUGGAUCGUCAAGAGGGUGGAGACGCUCAACGAAGCGCAGCAACUGCUGCCGAACUAGAUAUCGUUGCAGCAGAUUUAGAGAAGACAAGCCUCAGGCUGGCAGAGGUUGAAGCUCGAAACGAGCAAUUAAGACUGGAUCUUGCGCAGGCUGUUUCUCACCCUAAAGGGGACCAUCGGCCGGUGGAGGAAGAUCCAGCAUACCUCCGCUUACAAUCUGAAAACGCAUCGCUGCUGCGGAAACUGGAGUCUGCUCGGUUAGACAGAGAUUCAGAAAAGAAUAGCUUGGAGGGAAAGUUGCGCCAGGCUGAAAGACUGCAUGCGAGGGUCUCGACGGAGCGAGACAAUUUGCGCAGUAAGCUAGACAAAGUCGCUGACUACGAAGAUAUCCGCCGGGAGCUAGAAAUCAUCAAGUCUAUUGAAUUCUCGACUGGCAAUGAUGACGACGGCGAUGUAAAUGACGGUGUCACUGAAGAAGCACCAAGUAACGCGGCUUCAAAUGGAAACAAUUUGGAGCAGCUCCUUCUUGGUAGAAAUAAAAAGUUGUCUAACGAGCUUAUCCUACUCAGGGUGUCACACCGCGAUCUCGAAACUCAGCUGGAAUCGCUAAGAGAUGAGCUUUCAAAAACCAACGCAGAUUUGGAGCGGUCGCGCAAGUUGGCAACCAGCCUUGAAAACGAUCUUCUCAAUAUACAAAAGGAGACAACACAAUCCUCAGCAAUGUCUGUUGCUGGGACGUACGCUUCGCGCUAUCCGUAUUCAAUGAGAAGAGGAAGGACGUCUCCCACUUCCUCUAUUAUAUCUGGGUUUGACCAUGGCAUGACCCACGCGAACGCUAUGGAAGCCAUUCGCGCCGGGGAGCCUGUUGGAGGCGGAUCCGGAAUCUUGCCAAUGGUGCAAGCACAGCGUGAUCGAUUCAAACAAAAGAACGCUGAAUUGGAAGAGGAACUUUCCAAGACAUAUGCCAACGUGAAGGAAUUGCGUCAAGAAAUCGCCUCCUUGCAAAAGGAUAACCUCGGCCUAUAUGAAAAAACACGCUAUAUUUCCACAUACAACAGAGGUGGCCAUACUAUUUCUUCGUCUUCUGCAACUGCGUUUGCUAACCAACCGAAUUCAACCUCCAUUCAAAUAGCGCCCGAUACACCGUCCGGUCUAUCCCUCGACAAAUAUCAUUCCGCCUAUGAAGCGCAGAUCUCACCCUUCGCGGCAUUUCGAGGGCGCGAGUCAACUCGUGCAUAUAAGCGCAUGAGUCUACCUGAACGAAUAAUCUUCUCAAUCACACGAAUGGUCCUUGCAAAUAGAACGAGCAGAAACAUAUUUGCAGCGUAUUGUCUUGCAUUGCAUAUCUUGAUUUUCGUCAUGCUGUACAUGAUGAGCACAUUAGAAGCCGGGAAACAUGGCGCAGCUUUGGGAUCUAUGGGGGCAGCUGUCCCCCAUGACGCUGACGCCGGGCCUGCGGGUUGGCAGCAGGAGGGGCUUCAUGUGGAUUAG